AUGGUAGGAGCACCUGCGCCAGAAUCUUUGAUCAAGAAGACCAAGACCGACGCCAAGGCCGCUGAGGCCCGCGCCGCCGCCAAGGUUGCCCGCAAGGCCGCUUCCCAGGAAAAGCGCAAGGCCAUCUUCGACCGUGCCGCUGCUUACCAGAAGGAAUACACCGAGUCUGACCGUGCCAUCAUUGCUGCCAAGCGUGAGGCCAAGGCUGCCGGUUCCUACUACGUUGACGCCCAGGAGAAGCUCGUUCUCGUUGUCAGAAUCAAGGGUAUCAACAAGAUUCCACCAAAGCCAAGAAAGGUCAUGCAGUUGUUGAGACUUUUGCAGAUCAACGCCGCCGUCUUUGUCAGAGUCACCAAGGCCACCAUUGAGUUGUUGAGAUUGAUCGAGCCAUACGUUGCUUACGGUUACCCAUCUUUGGCCACCGUCAGAAAGUUGGUUUACAAGAGAGGGUACGGUAAGGUCAACAAGCAGAGAAUUCCUUUGACUGACAACGCCAUCAUCGAAGCCUCUUUGGGUAAGUUCGGUGUUCAGUCCGUUGAGGACUUGAUCCACGAGAUCUACACUGUUGGUCCAAACUUCAAGCAGGUCAACAACUUCUUGUGGCCAUUCAAGUUGUCCAACCCUAACGGUGGUUUCCCAAAGAGAAAGUUCCAGCACUUCAUCCAGGGUGGUUCUACCGGUAACUCUGAGGAAUUCAUUAACGUUUUGGUCAAGGCCAUGAACUAA